CUUGGGGCAGGUUUCUUCCGCUGGAUGCUGACUCCGCCCAUGCUCAGCAGUGUGGAUCCGGCCGGAGUGCGGAGAACAGUAGCUGGCAGCAUGGCCCCCAAGGAGCUGGCCUUGCUGAGUGUCUCAGAUAAGACUGGUUUGGUGGACUUUGCCAGGCGCCUGGUUUCUGUCGGCCUCUCUCUCGUUGCUUCUGGUGGGACAGCUAAGGCUCUGCGGGAGGCUGAUCUCGUUGUUAGGGAUGUGUCUGAGAUCACCGGGUUUCCUGAAAUGUUAGGUGGACGAGUGAAGACGCUACAUCCUGCUGUUCAUGGAGGCAUUUUGGCACGGAAUAUUCCUGAGGACAAGUCUGACGUUGAAAAGCUUGGUUUCAGCUUAAUAAGGGUUGUGGCUUGUAACCUGUACCCGUUUGUGAAAACUGUUUCUGCUCCAAAUGUGCUUCUGGCAGAGGCCGUGGAACAGAUCGACAUUGGUGGAGUGACACUGCUGCGAGCAGCGGCGAAGAACCAUCCUCGUGUGACAGUGGUGUGCGAUCCUGCUGACUAUCUGCCGGUCAUCCAGGAAAUAGAGACAUCGGAGCAGAAGGACACGUCCCCAGAGACCCGGCAAGCCCUGGCAUUGAAGGCCUUCACUCACACGGCCCAGUAUGAUGAGGCGAUUUCUGAUUAUUUCCGGAAAGAAUGCAGCCAGGGAAAGUCGCAGCUUGCCCUGAGAUACGGGAUGAAUCCUCACCAGACUCCAGCACAGAUCUACACGCAGAGGCCCCAGCUCCCUAUCCAAGUCCUGAAUGGAUCGCCCGGCUUCAUCAAUCUUUGCGAUGCUUUGAAUGCCUGGCAGCUGGUGAGAGAACUGAAGCAGGCUCUGUGUCUCCCUGCUGCCACUUCCUUCAAGCACGUUAGCCCUGCCGGUGCUGCUGUUGGCGUGCCACUGACUGAGGAAGAAGCCAAGGUCUGUAUGGUGCAUGACAAGUACAGUGAGCUCACUCCACUGGCUGCAGCAUACGCCAGAGCGAGGGGUGCCGACAGAAUGUCCUCCUUUGGCGACUUCAUUGCCCUGUCUGAUGUUUGUGACGUUCCGACCGCCCAGAUAAUCUCCAGAGAGGUGUCAGAUGGAAUUAUCGCUCCAGGUUACAAACAAGAGGCCUUGGAAAUCCUGUCCAAAAAGAAAAAUGGAAACUACUGUGUCCUUCGGAUGGACCCGGAGUACGAACCAGAUGAGCUUGAAACGCGGACCAUUUUUGGAUUGCACCUGGCCCAGAAGAGGAACAGUGCACUUAUCAAUCGGGCACUGUUCAAAAACCAGGUCACCUCUUCCAAGGAUCUGCCAGAAUCUGCUGUCCGUGAUUUGAUAGUAGCCAGUAUUGCUGUGAAGUACACUCAGUCUAACUCUGUAUGCUAUGCAAAGGAUGGCCAGGUGGUUGGCAUCGGUGCAGGUCAGCAGUCCCGCAUUCACUGCACCAGACUGGCCGGCGACAAGACCGAUCAUUGGUGGCUCCGUCACCACCCCAAGGUGCUGGCCAUGAAGUUUAAAGCGGGCACCAAGCGGGCAGAGAUCGCCAAUGCCAUCGAUCAGUACGUCGGCGGGACGAUGGAGGCGGAGGAUCUGCCCAAGUGGCGGGCGAUGUUUGAGGAGGUCCCCGAGCUGCUAUCGGACACUGAGCGCAAGAACUGGAUCUCGCGGCUGAGCGCUGUGGCUCUGAGCUCUGACGCUUUCUUCCCAUUCUGUGACAAUGUUGAGCGUGCCAAGAAGAGCGGAGUUGAUUUCAUCGUUGCCCCGUCUGGAUCAGCAGCUGACCGAGUGGUGACCAAUGCCUGUGAGCAGCUGGGUAUAACCCUCAUCCACACCACCCUGCGACUCUUCCACCACUAGACGGCCUCACCCUCCGUUAUUGGCCUGACCUCGGGGUGAGACGUCUGUAACUGGCCGUUAAUGUUUAAGAGAAAGGAGCUGCGCUUGGGCCUUGCACCUGGGCCGAGAUUGACUUUGGAAACAAAGCAGUUCCGGCGACUUUCUUUGUAGUUUUCAAGUUGUUCGGAGCGAGGUGGCUUGACCCGCUUGCUGAAGCAAUGUCUCUCUGGUUGGUUUCUAAAUAAAUCCGUACAGGUC